AUGGCUCUGCAAAUCUGCUCCAAAAUCGGCCUUCGUGCCCCAAGGGAACGCGCCGACAAAGGCGUGUGGCCUCUGGUUGACGAAAUGUACUUUCGAGACAUGGGAAAUAUCAUCCAAAAACAUGCGCAGCGUGGGGAGAAAGUCCUGGCUCACUCAGUCGCACUCAAGGAUGACAUCGACCAGCUGUGCGGGAAGUACGGGGAUUCCAUCUGGCCCCGACAGAGGGCUCGCCCAUGGCUGUACGACGUCGGUCAAGGCGAUAAAGAGGCGCCAUAUAAGAAGGAUUUGUAUUACCAUGACCCACGAGACCGCGAGUUGUACGUUCGUUCCUCUUCGACAUCUGACUGGACCAACGUUGCUGACAGCACCGCAGGAUCAAGACGGCGCUUUUUCAAGUGGCCGUUUCACGCGCAAAGAAGAAAAGAGGAAAAGACAAAGAGAAGGCCAAAACGUCUGACACUUCAACAAGGGCCUCUAGUAGCUCAAGGGCCUCUGCUGAGAGCUGGGCGUCUGUACCACCCUCCACGAGGAAGUCCUCUCGGAUGUCUACGAUCCGCCAGAAUGACCACGAAUGCUUUGCAAACGUUUCCCAGAAUCACGGUGAUGCAAAGAAAUUAAAAGAGCGAGGCAUCUGGCUGGGGGCAACGAGGGACAGCGUGGUGGCUGUGAACGGAGACACAUUCGCGGUGGUGUGUGACCGUCUUCGUGAAGAUGCCGUUAUCAAAGCACCGAAAGACCCUUCCUUCCAAGUCGUACCUUACGAGUUCGACAGGGUCCCUCCGAAGGACAAGAUCAGUGUCGCCUGCGCAGCGUGCGGAGAAACCCUGAACAGCGAUGGUGAACCUCUUAUCGUGCAGUGUGAGGGAGUGACGGAUCUGGACGUAAGUCGAACACGAAUGUAACGAUUUCGAACGUCGCUAACGAGCUUCUAGGCCAGAGGCAAUCAGCACAGCCUGGCCGUCGGAAGUGGAGAGGAUCGGGAGAGAUUCCAAACAAAUGUUAGUCAUCUUGGCGUAGUGUUGCGAAAGAAUGCUAAAGCUUGCAUAGUCAUGGUUCUUCAACAUGAAGCUCGGAAGGGAGAAAGUGUUCGCGUUUAUGAAGCCAGAGCAUCGAGGGUCUGAGCAGUACUGGACAUUCUGGAUGGCAGAAGGGGGGUACAGCUCGCGUUUCCGUUUGAGAACUGUGCCGGACAGGUGUGUACCGGAGAGGACGAGAACUAUGCUCCCUCCACCAUCCCCACCAAAGUGAGCACCUGACCUCCCGAAUCUAGUGCAAGAAAAUUGACCUGUCUACAGAUCUGUUCCAGCAAGACCUGCCGCCGAGGCACCUCUCAAUGUCCAUGCGAACGGAAGAAAGCGACGUCGUUCGCUGAGUGCCUCUACUGCCAACAAUGCGAGCUCCAGCGCUAGCGCAGCCCAAACCGCGUCCAUACAGUAUGGCAAUGCGACAGCCGAUGACGAAGAACAAGCUAGGCGUCUGGUCAGAGCGGCUACCAAUACAACCGAUGAAGACCAGCCACCAGCGCAGCGCCAGAGGCUCGACUGUGGACACGACGAAGAUCACGACAGUCUCUACGACUUGACGCCAAUACCGGAGCUAAUACGCAGGUCCCAUGCCAUCAAUGGAAGCGAUGACCGGGUCAGUGUUGCGACUGUCAGUCACCUGAUGAGUGCCGAGCUGACACGAAAGCAGGGCCGAACCAUAGCCCCUCCUACCGGAACACCUGCAGCAGCACCCCUAGCAUCUCACAGCCAAGCACCUCAGGAUUCAGCACUGAAGAUUUCUUCACAGCAGACCAUCGAGUCGCCUAGAUGCACGCACUCGGGAUCACUGCGAUUCUGCGUCUGGUUCCUCGUCGACUCGCGGAAAGCCGCCGUCAUCCUGGAUGGAUCCAUGAACGUCUACGAGGUCUUCGCUCGGCUGAAUUCCCGUAUGAGGCGUCGGCUCGGUGGCCAGAGCAUCUCCGAGGUUGGGUUGAAGUUUCACGGGGAUGAGACGAUCCUGCUGGAAGCCGACGACGAGCCUGGAUGGGAGAUGGUACUUCGACGUGUUGCAAAGUAUCAGGAAGAGGAGGUGGACGGGGAGGUUGUCAAGGCGGAAUGA